GUGGAGACCUCUUGUCAAGUUUCUGUCUGACCCUCAGAGCGUCGGCAUUUUAACAAAAAAAAAAAAAAAAAAAAAAAAAUCUUUUUACUCGUGCACCUGGCUCCCCGUGUUUGUUUGUGUCGUUGCUUUUAAAAGAAUCUUCAAUGGCAGUCCUUCUUUUAAUUAUUUGACCUUUUCAGGACCAGAAACUUGGCAUCAUCAUCAUCACUACUGUGUGUACUGCAGUCUGACAAGCGUGACGCAUGGACACUGCCAGGGCGCACACGUCUCAUUGAGAAACUUAUUUUUAUUUUAUUUUAUUUUAUUUUAUUUUUUACUAAAUUAUUUUUUUUCUUUUUUCAAAUAUUUCAGUAUUUUUUGAGGAUGGUCGUCUCUGCUUGGAAUAGAUAUUGUGUUGUAGUGUUUCUCGUCACUGCGCUCAGGACUGGGACAUCCCAGGUAUCAGAGGCGCGCCCGAAGGCGAAUUCCAUCAAACCCGGUCAGUUGGAAGAAAUACCGACACCGGCAACCAACCGAUCUGCAACAGUCACCAAGAAACACAACAUCCAGGUGUACCCUUGCAGCAAUGACAAGGAGUGCAGCGUGGGCAGCUACUGCCACAGCCCUCAACAGGCUCCUUCUCGUUGCCUCACCUGUCGCAGGAGGAAGAAGCGCUGUCAUCGAGAUGCUAUGUGCUGCCCCGGCAACCGCUGCAGUAACUUCAUUUGUGUCCCCAUCUCUGAGAGCGUGAUCUCGCCUCACAUCUCACCAUUAGAUGAACAUAUCAAGCUCUCCUCCAAAGACCAUGGCUGGAAGGGUGGGAAGAAUGGAAAGGGACAGGCCAAGCAUUCUCUAAAAGGUCACGAGGGUGACCCGUGCUUGCGUUCUUCCGAUUGCUCGGACGGCUACUGCUGCGCCCGCCAUUUUUGGACCAAAAUCUGCAAACCGGUGCUGAGGCAGGGAGAAGUGUGCACCAAGCAGAGGAAGAAAGGCACUCACGGCUUGGAACUCUUCCAGCGCUGUGACUGUGCCAAGGGCCUCUCCUGCAAGGUGUGGAAAGACGCCACCUCUUCGUCCAAGUCCAGACUCCACAUGUGCCAGAAGAUCUGAAGCAGGAGGCAGCUGUUGUCGGCUUAAAGGCCUCUGUCUCCAUGUGCGAGGGAAUUUUUUUUUUUUUAAGGAUGGGUUGUGGCGGUACUGAAAAGGAGGAAAAGACAGAGACUGACAAGAGACAGAACAGAUGCGGCUUCAAGCUCGCUAUUCUGCAAACGGAGGGCAAAUGGGAAUGCUUUAAUGUGUUCUCCGUGAGUGGUCCAUCCCUGCAUCCCACAUAACAAACACGCACCCUCACACACACACACACACACACACACACACACACACACACACACACACACACACACACACACACACACACACACACACACACACACAUACAUGAACACACACAGACACACUCACGAUUUUGAGAGGUUACUGAGCUUAUAGGAUGCUAUU